GAAAGUGCGUCUGUCUGAACGCAUCGUCCGCACAUCUGUUUAUGGUCUGCUUUCCCACCCUGUCUUUCUCUCUCUCUCUCUCUCUCUCUCCCUCGCCUGUUCCUCUUUCACUUGUUUUAACCCCAUUGCAUAAAUACAUUGCACCCUCAGACUCCCUUCCGUCCUUCCCUCCUUUUAAAAUCGGACAUACGCUUCAUACAUACACCCCAGAUCAGAUCAGAUCAGUUCAGUUCUCAUUCCACACCUCCUCAAUCAACUCAUUCACAAUGUCUCCACCCGCCAUGUUCGCCCGAUCUCCCAGUCCUCCCAUCGUCAAGAUUCCUGGCCACUUUGGCGAUAUCAUGUCCAGGAGGGACACGACCUUGACCCUGCCUGACGGCUUCUCCGGCUCUGAACGGAUAUUGCUGACCGCCAACGGGAACCUCCAGCGUCUGAUCAGCGCGUACUUCAACAAGACCGUCUCCGUCACCAUCCUCGAGAACACCCCCGUCUCCCUCGCCCCAGAUGAAGAUCCUGCCAUCCUCUCCAGGUUCCAACGCGAGGUCAACUUGCUCUGCAACAACAAAGUCGUCUGCAACGCCAAGUCUCAGGUCCUGAUCAAGGAUCAAGAAAUCCACGAUCUGGUCGUCAAGAAGGGUGUCGGCAUCGGACAGAUCUUUCGUUACCUCGAUCGGUUACCGUCCUUUGAACUCCAUGGGCUCGGAAGGACCGAGAAGACGUUUUGGAGGGAAUACUCACUUCAGAUCCCGGGCGUGUAUUGUAGGCUGCUCGAGGUCCUGCCCUCGGCUUUGUUUGAUGAGAAUUGGCUGGAGAAACAGGAGGAACCGAUCUCUUGGGAAGUGGAUCUGGAGCAUCCGAGUGAGGGCGUCAUGACCUGGGUUAACCCCGAAGUCCAGUAGAUAGGGAUUCUCUCCCCUUCCCAGAAUGGUUCUCAGGGACAUUGUCACCUUUUUUUUGUACCAUAGACCUUCCGUCGCCCAUUAAACGCAUUCACGCUUUUUUCAUUUGUUGCUUUGUCCUCCCCUGUCCUUCCAGAUAAGUUUUUUGUUUAUCCAUAUCCGUCAUCGUGCCGAAAUCCCGGUCGCACAUGGCUUUCGAACACGAGAGAGCUGCGCAUAUUCCGAUGCACGACUCCGCAUCCGCACCCGCACCCGCAUCCGUAUCCGUAUCCUUAGCCACAUUCCCACUCACAUUCACCGUGGCAGCUUUAUUUUUUUCCGCCCCAAAGAGAGUCAAAGAGAACUGAUAAAAAAAACUCACGGGAACCCCGUUUUUGGAGAACGCCUCUUUCGACGUGUCCGGAUAACAAGUAAUACGCGUCGAGCUUGUCAAAAAAAA